AUUCAUCAAUAUUUCGAGGUAUAAAUAUCGGUGGAGAUUCCAAUACGUUAACAGUUGCUAAAAAUGAGCGGUCGCAAACGGAAUCACGAAUCGGCGUUUAAGCCACGAAAGAAGAUAAAAAUUAAAGAACACCAAACAAUUAAAAGAAGUGCUCGAAAAGGUUUAAAAGUGAAUCUGCCCAUUAACACUGGAAAAUUUGCUCAGUUGAUUGACGUAUACGUAUGACAGGGUGCUACAUAUUGGGUGCACUGAAUUUGCAUUAUUUCACCAGUGAUCAUUUCAAGCGCAGUACAGACGAGCAAAUCGAAGCAUUCUAUACUCAAUUCGUCGACAAAAAUUUAUUUCGAGAUUGGUUUUACGGCGUUCAGUUCAUUGAGCAUGCAUUUAACGACGCCAGAGAAAGCGGGUACAGGUUGUGUUACGGCAUUUGGUACUUUUGCCAAAAAUACGGUGUUCGAGCUCCAGUAAUUGAAGGAUUCGGGAAUGUAGUUGAAUACGCAGUACAAAUGUUUUAUACAAAUUACAAAAAUAAUAUUUGUAUGCACGCUCACUCACGCAUCCGAAAGUUUUUCACACAUCAAAACGCGAGCAAAGCACAAAUUGAUGACACCAUGGAUUUCUUAUUCAAGCGAAACUCCAACUGUGUGCCAGACCUGAAUUUGAUGUGGGAACUGGAAAAUACAUUAAAGCCAAUCCGAUUCGACGAUGGGAAAGGGUACUUUUUUGCUAUGGAAAGCAAUUGGUUCAAAUACAUACCAAUAUUCCUGAAUUUGCAACAGUACAUUCGCAAUCAUGAACGUGAACGAAAGGCCACAUUGAAGCGAGGUGAACGAACCGAGCUUCGUGAAUACAGACAUUUCACCGUGGUACCAACGUCAUCGUUCGAAAGAUAUUACAUUCGAAUUGAUCGUAGAGUGUUUUAUCGCAUGUUGAGACAGAUAGAAUGUCCACAUCGAUUAUUUCGCAAUAAAAACGGCGGCCCAAAACAGGAGAAAGACAUCAAAAGUAAAGAAUGGGAUGUAUUAUGGCGUCUGUAUUUCGACAUCGAUAGCAUCGAAAGAGAACUGAGAAACAAAAAUGAUGGCCAUGCAACAAUAAAAUUCGACAGCUCCAUUCAAACAGAUGGUGUCGGUAUGUCAUUUUUGAUGGAACGAACAAAAUUCAUCAUUGAAAAAGACGAUGAAGAGCGUAUGAAAGAGACACAAGAGAUGCUUCUGAAAAGCCAACAAGUGUAUGGUCUCGAUCCUGGACUACGUUUGGUCAUUGGUGGUGUGCGCAUUAACAAUUUCAACGAUCGAAAUAAUCGCACUGAAACAAUCAUUCGAUUGACAUCGGGCUAAUACCAAGAUAUGAUAAAUUCAUCGCGACGGAACAAAUGGCGCAAAAAGCUGACAAUUGAAAUCGAUGAAAAGAUGCGUCUACAUUGUUAGUCAUUUGAUGAGCAGCC